CAAGACUUCUCUCAUUUUCAAAACAAAAUGAGCAAUUCAAAUUCAACCAAUACUGGAAUAACAGAAUUUUUAGAUUCAAUUUACAAUCCAAUCAUUUCACCUGAAUUUCAUCAAAAUUUAAAUCAUGACCUUUCCAGAAGACCUUUCGUUACAUUAACUUAUGCUCAAUCUUUAGAUGGUAAGAUUGCUGGUGUAGAUGGUAGACAAUUAAGAUUAAGUGGUAAUCAAUCUAUGAAGAUGACUCAUAUGAUGAGAACUCGUCAUGAUGGGAUUUUGGUUGGAAUCGGCACAUUGCUCAAUGAUGAUCCGCAGUUGACAGCCAGGAAUCUUUCUUUUACAGUCCCACUUGAAAAUCAACCUCAACCAAUCGUACUUGAUACUAGAUUAAGAACUCCAAUUGAUUGUAAAUUAAUUAAAAAUUAUCGAAAUCAAACUGGAAAACAACCUUGGUUGAUUUGUGCAAGAAGUAUGAUAUCUAGUCAAGAUCGACAAAGUUUAGAGGAAGCUGGAGCUCGAGUGAUUCCGAUCACAAACGGUAUGAACCCAUCUAACCAAGGAUUAGAUUUAGAAAAAGUCUUUGAAGUUUGUAAAAUCAAUGGAAUCAAUCGUUUAAUGAUCGAAGGUGGUUCUUCAAUCAUUUCUUCAUGUUUAAAUUACACUGGAGAUCAUCCAAUCCUCAACAUCUUGGUGGUCACCGUCUCACCCUACAUGGUCGGUGAAGGUCUCACAGUCAAAACUUCCAACAUUGAUUCUAGACUAUCACUUCUGCGACACAUUCAGACCAAGAUAUUGGGUAGUGAUGCUGUCUUUGCUUACACAUCCAGUAACCCUGAAUAA